GCGCCACCGCCGCCGCCGCACAUGCGCACAUGGUCGUAGCUGUGUCAACACAGCAGGUUAGCUAGCCUACGUCGGGCCGCUGCUGUCUUUGGGAGAAUCCGAAAACUGACACUCAGACGGAGGACUGAGCACGCAACCGCCCCCGAGCAGACGCCCGGCCGGAGUCUCCGAUGGAUUUAUCGCCCCUGCGGACUCUGACAUCGUCGUCGUUGUUUACAAUGGCCGCUUGUUGAGAAUGGAUGGUAUUUGUCACGUCGCACCAAGGAACGCCCUGUCAGCAACGACGAUUCUUGGCUCAUUGACGUUGGAGUGAUCUACCCAUGCAAUGGCAGUCUUUAGCCACCAGGUGCUCUUUGCUGUUACGAGAUCCAGGGGGUCGUAUCUGUUGUCCCAGCGGCACGGCUGCUCUUCUCUGUCUUCGAGAGCUUACCUCCACGUAGGGGCUCCGCGCAACAUCUCGUCAUCGGCCUCCCCACUCAGGCACUCCCGCUACGGCCACCCUCGCUGUUACCGAUCCCGCAACCUGGGCUGCGGCCAAAACUCUGCCCUACUGGCCCGAGCCCUGCACAGUUCUGUCGUUUGGCUCCAAGACAGUAAAAAUGGGGAGACUAAAACCUCACCUUCUGCUCAAAGUCCGGCGUCGGACGAGAAAAAGGACACGGCUGUUGUCCAAGCGCAAACGCCCGUCGCUGCUGCUCCUGGACCCACGGCGCCGGCCGUGGCGAAGAAGGCUCUGCAUCUCAGGAUCGUCGACGAGCUGAAGCAUUAUUACAAUGGCUUCCGGUUGCUCGGUAUCGACACCACGGUCGCAGGAAGGAUGGUGUGGAGUCUGCUGCACGGACACAUCCUCACGCGUCGGGAAAGGAGAAGGCUGAUGAGGACGUGCGCCGACCUCUUCCGUCUGGUGCCCUUCAUGGUGUUCAUCAUCGUCCCCUUCAUGGAGUUCCUCCUUCCCGUCUUCCUCAAGCUCUUCCCAGAAAUGUUGCCCUCCACCUUUGAGACAGAGUCCAAAAAGGAGGAGAAGCAAAAGAAGGGCCUUGCCGCAAAGCUGGAACUCGCCAAGUUUCUCCAAGAGACCAUCGCUGAAAUGGCUCGAAGGAACAAGGCCACGGCUCAGAGCGAGGAUGAGACUCAGCGCUUCUCCACAUAUGUUCAGAAGGUCCGGGGCACGGGCGAGCAGCCCACCACCAAGGACAUUGUUCGCUUUUCAAAGCUGUUUGAGGACGAGCUGACGCUGGAGCACUUGGAGCGCCCCCAGCUGGUCGCUCUGUGCAAACUGCUGGAGCUGCAGCCCAUCGGCACCAACAACUUGUUGCGCUUCCAGCUGAUGUUGCAACUCAGGACCAUCAAGUCAGACGAUGAGAUGAUUGCGGCCGAGGGCGUAGCGGCAAUGAGCGUGUCAGAGCUCCAGGCGGCUUGUCGCAGCCGCGGGAUGAGAUCUCUGGGUCUUACCACGGAUCAGCUCCGUCUGCAACUGCAGCAGUGGCUGGACCUGCACCUGAAUGAGGACGUUCCUCCGUCGCUGCUGCUGCUCUCCAGAGCCAUGUACCUGACGGACAUCAAACCCAAGGCCCCGGUCAUCCCGCCUGUGCCGAAACUUGAGAAAAGCACUCCAGUGGAGACUAACGGAGCAAACGGGGCCUCGGUCGGCUCGGACCUGCUGUCGGACCCCGCCGCCGCCGCCGUCAUCAAAGACAGGCCGGCUGAGGAGAUAAGGAGCAAAACUCCUAUUAUGUCAGACAAACCUUUAACUGCUGCCGAAGUCCUUCAGGCUAAAGCAGCAACCGAAGUGUCCCAGAAGAGUAAGAUGAGCGCCAACGGUGUGUAAAGAGGAGCGCUCGCGUCUGGACUCAACAGGGGAAAUGAAUCUCGGCAGCCCAGAGCCAUUGACAAGCUAUCAAUUUGUUUCCAUCUUUCUUGCGCCUAAUUGAGCCGAGGGAGGGUCGCUGCAGAUGUUAACUGGCGCUCUGGAUUCCAGAUCUGCUUUCUUGCCCCCCCAUAACUCCCCGUUGCCAGCUUUCACUUACUUGCAGUUGCAGGUUCUUGACCUCCAAUUUGUGCCAGUGGCAACACUCUCCAAAUUUCAGCCGGCGCAGCCUGGCUACUGCCUCAACGGGUGCCUCCCUCUUGUUGGAUUCCUCCUCCUGUAAAUUUGUAAAUGUUGUGUAUAAUCGUCAUUGGUGUCUUACGUUAUCUCAGCAGCAGCUGCAGCUGCAGCAGCAGCAGCGUUGUACGGUUUGCUAUGCAAACUCGAGACAUGAUCAAAGCUCCCAUUGUAUGCCCGUUGGUUGCUCCUGCUCAACACGAGACACAGAGAUACUUAACAC